AGUUUUUUUUUUCUUUUUUUCUUUUUUUCUUUCUUUUUUUUCUGCUUUAAAAUUAAUGAGGAGAAGACAAAUCAUGGACAUCUCCAGGAUAUCAGUAAACAUCUGCAAGACGCAUGGAUCACGUUUUGCCAAAAGGGCGUAUUUGAAUUUCUUCUGAGUACGAAUAAGUUUAUUUUUAAGACUGGUAGGAAUCUGUAGGACUCAAGACCAUUGCCAGCAAACAAUUUUCCUGCACGUAUUCAUACAGGACACAGUUCAGAGUUUGGAAAUUGCUGACGAACAUCAUCUGAUUUUUGUGCUUAAGUUUCUCUCUUUGAAUGUUUUUCUUUCUUUCAAAGAGAUGUUAAGUUUGAAGUGUGUUGGAGUGUUGCUUGUUUUAGGGAUCCUCUUCCUUGGGGGAUGUCAAGCAGCCAUUUCAAGGAAUAUCGUAAUAGGUGUGAUUUAUAGCAAUGAUUAUGAAAGCCUUGUCAAUACACUACAGUAUCUGAUAAACUAUGAAAUCAAUGGGAACASCAAACUACUGCCUGAAGCUUAUCGCUUCAAAACUGUAAUGGUGCACAGCAAAGGAAAAAACCUUCUUUCGAGAGAAGUAGCAGCAAAACUCUCCAGAGCAGUUUGUAUCUUCGACUUGUAUUCCAAUGACCCAGAUGCAUAUGCACUGAGUGACAUGUUGAAGAUACCGCUGAUCAUGGCUGACAAUCUAAACGAUGAUCUACACAACAAAUACGUGUUGUCGAUGCGACCACACUACUCGGUCAUUAGCCAAGCUCUUUAUGACGUGGCCAUGUACUUUAAAUAUGAUGAGGUAGCCAUAGUAUAUGAUGAGCGUAAGACUCGCCUGGCUUCUCAUUUUUACGCCAAAGCUCGUACUGAAGACAGAUUUAACGUUCAGUUGAUACCAGAACUAGACCUCAAAGAUCCCAAGAAAACUGCCUCGUCACUCCAGAUACUGCAGAACACUUACAUCAAAAAUGUUAUCUUGAUAUGUGAUCAGAAAAACAUGGCAGAUAUCAUGAAUCAGGUAUUGCGCGUUGGAAUAAAUGACCAGGACUAUAAGUGGUUUUCGUCAGACGUGGAGGUAGCCGGUCCCAACAAGACGUAUCCAUCCAUACUUGGAAUGGUUGGACUCAGUCUUCAUUUAUCCAGCGAAGAUGCUGCAAGACAAUUGGAGAUGAUAUCUUCGAGUGUUGGAGGCGGCGGCGUGCCAUUAUCGCCGGUUGUAUACGCUGCAAUGAAUGAUUCUCUUCACAUGUUAACCAGAGUCAUACGAAGUUAUAUAACAGUAGGGAUUUGGCAGAACAUCUAUCCUAGCACUUCAACCGACAGUUGCCCCCUCAAAACCAAACCUAGUCUUGUUGGUCCCAAGUUACUUGAAAAGCUGCAAACGAUAACCCAUCAUGGCCUCACCGGACGAGUCAGUUUCGAUAGUAAUGGCAAGCGGACCUCCAAGAGAGCACUCGACAUACUUAACAUUGCAGAAGAUGGCGUCGAGAAGGUUGGCUCGUGGAAACCGAAUCCCAAAAACAACCAAGACCCAAUCACGAUGAAGAAUGUUAACCCAAUCAUGUGGUUGGGUGAUUUUGCUGAGUUGGUGAAAUGUCAUAAUCCAGGAAAACCGGGGAAGAGGUUCACCAAGCAACGUAAAGUGUUUAGGAUCACCGCCGUUAUUGAGCCUCCAUUUCUUGAGUGGAGCAACGGUAGCAUAGAAACACGACCAGUUUCCAACAGCAGUCUGCAGGGGUUCUGCUUGGACAUACUCAACGAACUCUCCAGAACUGUUGGUUUUGAUUACAAGAUCUUACUCAGAAAAGAUACUACUUACGCGCGCAAAGUGGAUGGCAAGUGGACUGGGAUGCUCGGUGACCUCAUCGAGAAGAAAGCAGAUCUUGCACUUGCUCCAAUCACCAUAACCUCCGAGAGAGAACAGCUGAUUGAUUUUAGCAAGCCAUUCUGGGACUUUAGCAUGAGUUUGAUCAUGCAGAAAGAAACAGAAGACGAGGUUCAGUUGUUUGCAUUUGUCAAACCAUUUGACGGCCUUGUUUGGCUUCUUACCAUCGGUGUUGUCCUUUUCGUGACAGUUAUGAUGUACGCUGUAGAUCUGUUCAGUCCAUUUGGGCACAGAGCUGAAGCCAGGGAAACAGGAGAAGGAGCCGGUGACGAGUUUAACUUGUUCAACAGCCUUUGGUUUGCUACAGCUUCCAUGUUACAACAAGGUGGUGACAAUACUCCAAAAUCGCCGUCCGGGAGAAUCUUAGCUGCUGCGUUUUGGUUCUUUAUCUUGAUUAUUAUUUCUACGUAUACGGCUAACCUAGCUGCUUUCUUUACCAUUAAACAGUCCAAAAGAUCGAUCAACUCGCUUCAAGAUCUAGUCAAACAAGACAAGAUUAAAUAUGGUGUCCUAAACAGUGGAGCUAUGAAAGCUUUCUUCGAGAGCUCCCAAGUAUCUCUGUAUCGACAGAUGUUUUCUCAAAUGAGACAACAAAACAGCUUCGUAUCCAGUACCAAGGAAGGUGUGGCUAAAGCCAGAGCAGGAGGAUACGCAUACCUGACUGAGCAGCCUUACCUCGACUACUACAACCAAAAAAAACCUUGUAAUACUAUGUUGCUUGAAAACCUACUGACGGCCAAGAGCUAUGGCUUUGGAUUACAGAGAAACUCACCGUACGUAAACGAGCUGUCUGUGGCUAUAUUAGAUCUUCGAGAGAAUGGUUUUAUAGAAAAGACACGUGCCAAAUGGUGGGACGAACGUAGCGAGUGUGCCGGCAAGAAGGAUGCAAAACCAGAAUCAACCACAAGUCUUGGAAUCCAAAACAUGGCGGGUGUCUUUAUCAUUCUUCUUGGUGGCGUCGCUUUUUCUUUCCUAUUCGUUGUCAUAGAGAUAAAAUGUAAGAGGAUUGUCAACAUGUUGACCAAAAACCAGGGAAGCAGCAGGAAAGUUUCUCGGUCACAAACUAUCAAACCCAACGAGGUUUGUCGAGAAAGUAUCGAUGCCAGUCAGAUACCUGUACGGGUUGUAGUGUCGCAAGGACCGAAGCAGCUGAAGCCAGUGGUACUCCAGGAACAGCCUGCUCCUUCUCAGGAGGAGGAACCCUCUGGGUGGAGGGCUUGGUUUGUUCGGUGGAUAUGAGUGUUUAACAGACGAGGAAGAAUACGACAAUGAUUCAAAUGAACAGCUUCCUGGGCAGCAUCUUGUACCAAAGCGACCAAACUAUCUUAACUUACCGGAAGGCUACGCCAGAACACAAGAAAGUAAAC